CUUACAGGACGCUAGCUCGACUUCGACGGGGCCUUGUAGCUUGGCGCCGCAUACCAGGACAUCCGCGCUGGAUAAGAGCCGUUCGCGCAGCGCUCUCGAGUUGUCAUCCAUCUUGCGCGCCGCAGCGACAUUGCGGCACUCUGCCGCACCGGUGAAACCACUUUAGCAGGAGACCCAGAGAAAAGAUGAUCUACAGCACACAGCAGGACCGCUUCUGGGACUUCAUGUCGAUUGAAUGUCGCAACAACCGCACCGACGCGAUUGCGAUGGAGGCCAUGAGCAAGGAGUUCAGCGGCGUCGCGCGGACGCCGGGCGACGCCGCGAGCCAGCGCCACGUCAAGCUCUGCGAGCGGAACAUCGCGCGGUCGGGCCAGCACAUCGUCGGCGUCAUGGAGAACGCGGCUAGCAAGACCAUGUUCUUGUAUACGGUCGGCAACGCGAUGGACGGCGGUGCGGAGUUCCUCUGCCGCGGCGUCCACGUCUCGAAGGCGCGGUCCGUCGCGCGGUGCAUGAACAUGCUCCGGCGCCGCCGCCGCGAGGGCCACCCCGUCUUCGCGGGCCAGCGCGCGGGCAGCGAGGACGGCUCGGAGAGCUACGCGAUCCAGGAGCCCGCCGACGCCGCGCGCGUCCGCAAGAAUUUCACGUGCCUCGCGACGAAGAUGCACGGCCAUUCACGUUACCCGCUCCUCGAGCUCGUCGCGCAGGGCUCGCAACAAGAGGUCUUGGCCCAGGGCCUCGUCGACAUGGGCGUCGAGGAGUCGUUCGAGGCCGCGGCCCGGAAGGUCGCCGAGAUGGGGCCCCUGCCGAUCGGCAACGACCGCGACGGCUACCGCCCCGCCGGGCGCGCGCAGACGGCGAAGGAGAUCAUCCGGUCGCGGCGCAAGGGCACGGAGGCGUGGCGGUCCUGUAACAUGUGCGAGAAGACCGAGGCCGCCCUCGGCAAGAAGCUUUCGGCCUGCGCGAGUUGCGGGCGCGCGUGGUACUGCUCGCGCGAGUGCCAGAAGAGCCACUGGAAGUCGCACAAAACUUUAUGCAAGAACAUCGUCAAGAACAUCGGCUCCCAGAAGAACGCGGCGGACUAGACGCCGCGCGGGCCGCUCGCGACCGG